CCUAACAAAAUUUUAAAACAACAAAUAUUGCAAGUCAUUUUCUCCUGUUCUCCAAUAUUUCACAAUUUUGCAGCAAUCUAGCUUAGAUUAAGGCAUUUUCAACAUGUCUCGAUCGUUCGAUGUUGUAAUUUUUGGAGCGAGUGGUUUUACUGGGCAGUUUGUCGUACAAGAAUUCGCCAAACAUAAUUCGCAAAACCUUCGCUGGGCCGUGGCAGGAAGAAAUAAAGAGAAACUGCAAAAUGUUUUGCAACAGGCAUCAGAGCAAUCGGGUUGGUUGAUUUUAGAUGCUACUGUGCAAUCAACUUAGAAUGGUUGAAUAUGUACAAUAGAAGAAUAGGCGUUGAAUUCUUUCGUUUAUAUAUUAAAUUGCCACUUUCAUUAUUGUGACAAUGUGACUAAAGUCCAAGAGGUCACGUGAUAAUGAUAUAAAAUAGAACACAUGAAAUUUGUUGUCAGUAUGGGCGUAAUAUUACCAAAACUAUGGAUGUUUCUUCUCACCCGAAAAAACAUGUCGUGAUUUCGCGUCAAAACAUUCGGGUAUGCGACUACAUUUCUACGCCUAUUAUUGUUAAAAUGUGGAACUAUUUUUAGGUAUGAACAAGCUUUCAUUUGUAGGGAUGCAACUACCUGAAAAUAUAUAAGGCAAAUUUUGACAUUUCGAGCGAAGGCCUUUCAUCUGGAGUUAUCGUAACUCCAGACGAAGGGCCUUCACUCGAAACGUUGAAAUUCUCUUUAUAUAUUUUCAGGUAGUUGCAUCCCUACCAAUGAAAGCUGAAAGCUUGUUCAUUAAUUUAUUGGCACUACCCAGCCUCAUACCCAGGCACUUUGUUGUGCUACACCGUUGCGCGACACACAUGCGGGACGACACGCGUGGGAGAAAAUGGACUGAAUUUGCGGGGAAGUGCCUGGCAGAAUUUGUAUUCAAGCUGGCGGAUCUGCUAGAUCUGACAAAUGCAAAUGAGAAUUUAAAUGAAGUCCUUGAUGAAGAUGUGCGUUCAAUGUUUUCUGGAUUGGAAAGGCCAGUCCACGCAAGCCAUAGAACAACACAUAGCGCCUGGGUACAAGGCUGGGCACCUACACUGGCAAAGACAGUUCAAGAUUAUUUUUAGGUAUGUCAAUAUAAUUUCUUGCAGACCAGUCAGACGUCAUCAUUCCCACAAUGUUGACUUCACAAUGUUAGUUCCUGAAUGUUUUGACGCAAAAACAUUGCACAGUUUUUCAAGCAAGAGGAAGGAUCCACGGUUUCGGUAAUGGGGAGGUUUAGUUUUUAACUACAAGUACAACAACGAGUAAGAGAUUUUUUCCACUAAAAGUAUAGCCAAUUUUCUGGUGACUUUGGCAAGUUGUAGUCAACCUGCUGUUGAGUACAAGAUUUGUUCAAAAUCUUCGCGCAGGAAACUUGGAAUUGUAAACCAAAGAUACCUAACCAUUGAUCAUUUUAUUUAAUACUAUUAUAAUUUUACAGGUAAAGAUUAUUCUGGCAUAGAUGUCAUUAUAGCUGAUGUAAAAAAUGAAGAAUCAUUAAACACGAUGUGUUCCCAGGCUAGAAUCGUCUUAAAUUGUGUAGGACCAGUAUGUAUCAAACAGCUUUACCUGCCUGCAGUAUUCCAGUGGGAAAUAUAAUAGUCACAUAAAGCUCUAUGUGGUUUGUCUGAAAAAUGAGGAAAAAAACAGUUAACCAUUAAUGUGCAAGACUUUCCCCUUGAUAGGAAAAAAGCUCAUCGUAUUGACUCUGGGUUCGGACCGGGAUCGAGCUCCCAACCUCAAUGGCCCAAAUGGGCACCCAGGCUCAGGCUGUAGAUUUUGAUAUAUUAUAAUGUCAGUUUCGGAUCAUGAAUUCUCAAAAGGUCUAGGAAAUAGCAUUUCAAAGACUCCAGACUUAAAUUUUUUUCUGGGGUCUUGCCUCUUACUAAAGGGGAGGGGCCUUCACAAAUUUUGAACCUGGGGCCUCGAUAUAACAUUACACCACUGGCACGAAUAUCUUCCUAUAAUUGACAAGCAAGUGAAAGUGAAAAUGUUUAGUUUUGUCCCUUUCAAAUCUGCACAGAUUGAAAAAUGUGCAAAAAUAUCAUGUUAAGAGUGGGAGAAAUAGAAUCUUGUGAAUGUUAGAAUAACCAAAAAUGAGUAUUGCACUAAUUUCAAUAGAAGAAUUAAUUAAAGAAUGUUUCAGAAGUCAUAGAAGUGUGCAUUUUUUGUUAUAUCUAGUAUCGUUUCUUUGGAGAACCUGUAGUAAAAGCUUGUGUUGAGAAUGGUUGUCAUCACCUUGAUGUCAGUGGAGAGCCUGAGGUGCAUUAAUUUUAACUCAACUAAACUAACUACUGUAAAUGAUCUGAGAAAUGCCUUCUCUCUAAUAAAUGACCGGUCGUUAUUUAUAGUGUGGGGUGGCACUGAAGAGAAAUGUUUUUCUUGGUAAAAAUUUUGCUGAUCUAUUAAAAAGUCAGAAUUUUUCUUUACCCAACCUCAAAUAACAAUAAAUAAAUAGUCACAAAUACCCAAUCAAGGCCCAGUUGUCACACAUGUCCCCUACCACUUCUCUGACAUGCGUUUGAUAACAUGCAUGUGCAAUUUUAUGCAGUGUAAAAUUUCCUGUUCUUUGCACAUGUACUUUGUUUGGAGACACCAUUUGCCUCCUGACAAAUCGGGAAAUGACCAAGUUAGUGACUCUUAUUUAUUAACAUAUCGCACAUAUUGACAUGCAUACAUGACGUUGACACUGGAUUUUAGUCUUCAAUAUUUGAGUGAGUCUUGUUUUGGAAAUCAAAAUAGUUUUUUGUUACCCAAGCCUUGAGUUGUUUUCUUUUUUUCAUUACCCAACCCUUUUCUCUUCAGUGCCACCCCCCUCCAUAAAUAAUGACCGGUCCCUAAAUGCCUGUUAUGUAAUAGACGUUCUGCACCCAUCUUUACUAAAACGUUCUUUCUCUAAUAAACACCCCCUCUCUGCAAAAGUGUUAUUAGAGAAAGGUCUGGGACUGGGACCAGUUGUAAGAAAGCCUGAUAGUGCUAUCCACCGGGGGCUGCCUGGUUGUUCAAAGGUGGGUUAGCGCUAACCCUGGGUUAAAACUUAACCUCCUGUUCUGGUUUGUGUAUUUCUGCACGUCUGUUUAUUUCAAAACUUCAGAGAAGUAAACUACUAUCAAUCUAGACAAGAUCUCUGAAGAAAUAUUUCCAAAUUUAUAGACAAGCUGUCAGCAUGUUUGCUUUGAAUUUUAGGUUAACCAAGGUUUUAAGCUAAUCUAGCUUUGAACAACUGGCCCCGGGUAGUGAUUUUUUCAAACGUUGUAAUUUUUUUGUCUCUGGUGUUAUGCACUCAGGUGAGGAUAUAUGUUUGUGAUAUUGUCCGAGUGUGUCCACACCGGGCAGGCUGAAAAAUUUGCUUGACUGUGGUGGGAAUCGAACCCGGAACCUUCAGGAUACUAGUCCAAUGCUCUACCAACUGAGCUACGAGGUCAAGUCGGUUCGAGUGCGUGAUAUUUCGGAACUCGAUCUAGUUCCUUUGAUAUCAGUGUGUUUUUACGAUCUUGAAUUUUUUGUUUCUGGUGUUGUGUACUCAAGUGAAGAUAUAUGUUUGUGAUGUUGUCUCUGAGUGUGUCUACACCUGCAAAGUUUGCUUCACCUCGUAGCUCAGUUGGUAGAGCAUUGGAUUAGUAAACCAAAGGUCGCGGGUUCAAUUCCCACCGCGGUCAAGCAAACUUUUCUGGGGUCGUUAACCUUUUUGCGUGCCUGCGACCGCAAAAAUUAUUUUGAAAAUGUGCCUGCAAAAUGUCUCGUGCAACAUGCGAAAUCACGACGUGAUGAGCCAUCAGCCAACCCUGGGUCAGAGGGUUUCUUUUGGAGGGGGGAGAAUGGUGGAGGGGGGAAUGAUGGAGAGGGGUGCAGGCUAGCGGUAACAGGAAACCCCCUGACGGCAGGCUGACUUAUGAGUUAUGGCUUUAUAUAUGUUUGGCCAUAUAAGAAAUCGAGAAUUUUAAGCUCAGACUCACAAUCAUGCACGUGCACUGGCAGUUGUUUUCUAGAAAUUUUAACUUUUCAGUAUCCCUAUUAACAAAUAUUUUAAUGACUAAUAGUAACAGAUAGUAAAAUACAUAAUAAAAUAAGAAAUUUUUAUUUUAUAACUUCUGGUUUCAAAAGUUUUAAAAAAUGUGCCUGCAAGAAAGUUGUUUCUGAAAUGUGGUCCCCACUUUAAUGACCCCGGAGAAAACCCACGACUUGCGGUAGAGCGUUGAGCCGUUGACCAACUCUUUUCACAUAAGUGUCAUUAGUCUGAUGUGAGGCGAAUGCGCCACCGAAGCCCCUUGUAAGCAAGGGUGGGUUGACUACAAAAUUUUUGUAGUUCGCUAUAACUACAGCUACUUCAAAAAUAUGUAGUCAGCUACAACUACUGCUACUUUUGAACAAAAGUAGUUCGCUACUGACUACAUUUCGCUAUUUCGCUAUACACUAUAUAUUUUUAGUUUUACUAUAUUUGGAGCAUCUACUAACUCAGGCUGUAAUGUAAUCUAUAACAAAUCGACUUACGAGUAGCAACAGUAAACACAAAGCAACAUUUUGUAAGCAGUACAGUGUUCAGGAGUGCAAAUUGACUAUUGAGUAUUGAUUUUAAGCAAACCGUGUCUCAAUAUCAUGCUAUUCUAUCAAGUUGCUAACAAUUUUAAAAAGUAGCGAAUAGCGGUUCGCUGUUUGAAAAGUAGUCAACUACUUGGCUACUUUCAGGCAAAAUGUAGUUCGCUAUAACUACAACUACUGUUUUAAAAAAAUAAUCAAAACCUACUGGCUACUUGAAAAUUGUAGUUCGCUACAGUAGCGAACUAAAACUACUUCGCUACAACCCAACCUUGCUUGUAAGUAUAUUUAGUUGUCCUGAACUAAUCUAUAUAUUAAAACGUACUUAUGUAAAGUUCUAUUAUCAGUAUCUAGAGACGAUGCAAUUUAAGUACAACGAAAAAGCGAAGGAAUCCAAGAUAUUUGUGGUGGGGACAUGUGGCUUUGACAGCAUCCCAGCAGACAUGGGCAUUGUUUACACACAGAAGAAAUUCCCAGGUACAGAAGUCAAAGUUUUUAAACGAUAAUAAAUGGGAAAAUUCUUAAUGUAAAAUUGUGUCGGUAGGAAAAUGAUUUGAUCAUCAAUCCGAAAUAAUUUCUAACCUUACAGGACAACUGUGCCACGUUGAAAGUUUUCUGACUGUUCAUUCAGGGGACAAGGUAUUUCUCUAUACACCAUACAUUAUUCAUAAAGAUUAAAGGUGGCGGCUAGCAAGGGAAAGGUGGUAAGUUUGGUCCCGUCUCAUAACUGGAGGCAAUGCUAUGACCAAAACAAAAUCUUUCUGCUCUACAUGAGUCAACAUAACUUCGUCCUGGUCUCAUGUAAACAUUGACUAUAGAGCCAACACUCUCACUGAAACGAAAUCAUCCUUCUCUGACUUCGUCCUAGUCUUAUGUAAACAGCAACUAGAGACAAGACUAUGACUGAAACGAAAUCAUCCCGCUCUGAGCUCGAUCCGAUCUCAUGUGAACGAUGAUGACAAGAGACAACAUUAUAACCAAAACGAAAUCUUCCUUCUCUGACUUCGUCCAGAUUUCAUGUAAAAACAAGUACAAUAGAGAAAAGUCCAAAACGAAAUCAGCCUGCUCUGACAUCGUUCCGAUCUCAUGUGAGCGAUGACUAUAGAGACAACACUAUAACCAAAAAAAGAAAUCUUCCUUUCCCGACUUUGUCCUGGUCAAAUGUAAACAACAAGUAGAUAAAACAUUAAAAGACUAUGACCAAAACGAAAUUAUGCUGUUCUGAGCUCGUCCCGAUCUCAUGAAAAGAAAUCAUUCCUCUCUGACUUCGUCCUAGUCUAGUUAGUCUCGUAUAAACAGUUACUAUAGAGACAACACUAUAACCAAAACUUCCCACUCUGACUUAGCCCUGGUUACACUGGUAGCGACCACUAUAGAGAGUACUAUGACUACUUCUGACAUCAUCUCACUAGUGUUUUCAUUAUAGGGAAUGCGUGGUCAUUAUGGAACAUAUCAAUCUCUCAUAUACGGCGUUGCGAGCGAGAAAGAAGGAAAUCUUAAAACAUUAAGAAAACAGUUGUUUCCAAAUCCCAUGCCAAAAGUUGGACCCAAAUUGAAAAUGAGGUGUUGAUAGUUAUAUAUAUAUGCGUGGCUUCUAUAUGGGGCGCAAUCCUGGUCCUUUCAAACUUCCCCCCAAAAUCACCAUCAAACAGUAAAGCUAACUAAAUAUUCAUGAAUUUUGGCGCUUUUGACAGCCGCUGUGGUGGUGGUAUAAGAUCCCUCAUAAUAUAUUUGCGAUGCAGAGGCCGGUUAUAUGAAGGCCAAAUAGCGCUAUCCACUGCAGACUGUGAUUUUUUCAACUUUUGCAAAAAUGCAAAGAAUGUUGUGAAACUACAGAUAUGGAUCUCACAAUUAAUAAAAAGAAACUUAUAUUAUACCUAAUUUAUGAAUACGAAAAUUUAAUCUGAGUUGUACAAAUCAAUGGACAAUUUUAGAAAGUUUUAGAAAUCACUAUCCAGUGAUAGCGUGAUCGGGCCUUCGUGUAGACCCCGCGCCUUGUAGAGGGAUAAUGCAGUUUAGAAGAACUGGUAUAUCUAUCCAGCAUAAAUAAAAUUAGGUGGGGUUUUUUCUCCAAAUCCCUAAACUUCAAGAAACGAUCGUCUGUACGGGGUUUUAGUUUCAAAACUAAUACGAACGUAUUGUAAUACGUGUGUAUUAUUACGUACAUAAUACUUUAAGACUAUAUACUAUAGAAUCAUUUCCUACCCCGUUUCAGAGGUUCGAUAUUUUUUGGAAAAGAGGUAGACAAGUGGUCAUUGCCUUUCCUUGGCGCAGAUCCCUCUGUAGUACGUCGAACACAACGCUACAGAAAUGAUGAGCUACAAAAACCUCCUAUACAAUACGCAGCCUACUUCACUAUGCCAUCCAUUAUAUAUGUCGCCAUGUUCCUCGUGUUUGGUCUUCUCUUCAUGUUGCUCGCGUCCUUCCAAUAUGGACGAAAACUUUUGGAAAAGGUAUGCACGGAAUUGACAAAGUAUACACACACACGGAAAAAUUCUCACAUCUUGUAGCAAGUCUGCCAACAAGCCGUCGAUAAGUUGUGUUCGCACUGCUUCUCCCAAGUUGUCAACAAGUUUGGAACAAGCUGUGAACAACUUGUAACAAGCUUGAUGGCAUUAUCAGAUUUGUUGCAAGGUUGUUCCAACAAGUCCGAUACAGUCAUGAUAUAACAAUAUUGUUACAACCUUGUGUCGUCAACCUUGCAACAUUCUUGUUAUUUCAUGACUGUAUCAAACUUGUUAGAACAACUUUGUAACAAGUCUGAUAAUGCCAUCAAGCGUGUUCCAAACUUGUUACAACUGGCAACAAGCAAAGCGAACACAACUUGUCGACAGCUUGUAAACAAAUUUGUAACAACUUGUAUGCAGACUUGUAACAACUUUUUCGUUUUCGCUCCUUUAAAUGUUUGCAUGGGCUUCGGUGGUGUAAUCGACAGCACCUUUCACCUUUGAGCUGCAAGUAAGCAUGAUUAGCACCCCCGCCCCCACCCACUUACUUCACUUGCUUUUUAGUAACCUAAGGACUAAGGUAACCUCGUAUUAAGGGAUUUUUUCCUGUUUGAGGCAGGGAUGGAUUUACUGGGGGGUGCGGGGGGGGGGAGUGCACCCCCCCCCAGUCCUGACCGGGGGGGUGCUAUUUUUUAUGAUAAAGCAAAAAAUUAUUAGAGACAAAAUGAGAUACAGUAAUUUGAGUAAUAACAUGAUGAUAAGCGAACUGUGAACAACAAUUACAAUUCAAAUACAGUAGUCAAGCAAGACUUUGCAGUAGUGAAGCAAGUUGAUGGGCGGGCGGCACACACGACCGACACAACUCGGCACCACAGCCAGCAGAACACCCCCCCCCCCCUACCAGAUCAUGCUGGAUCCAUCCCUGGUUUGAGGAUUCCCUCAAUUUUAUACUGUAUACUCGGAAUGUAUUUGCCCAUGCAGGUCAGGGAUGUAUAAUGGGCUUGUGAAAAACUAUUUGAUUUUUUAUCAUUAGUAUCCCAAGAUCUUCUCCUUUGGAUUAUUUUCACACGAAGGACCAACGAAAGAACAGGUACACCAUUAUGACACUUAACUAUAAAAAUACCUGAAUGCAUAACCUAUUUCACAUGCCACGAAGACACUCAUAACAUACAAUUUAUCUUUAUAUUUAGAUGGACAGUACUGGUUUUACAAUGACAUUUUAUGCGAAAGGAUUUAGUAAAGAUUACGAGGGUGAAAUCAAGUAUGUACUACAUUGUCAAGGUUUUAAAUUUUCUGUGAAACUCUGGCUAACUGUGGCGAACUACACAAACCUAUAGGGGUCUGUGGGCAUGAUCGCCCAGGAAACUUGAAAUUUCGAUGCUCUAGACUGCCGUUUUUUUCAGCAAAGUCAUUAUCAUUGAUAUGUUCAUUUGCCUUCAUUGUGUGGUAUAUUAUUCAAGGACAGCAUGUUCGCAGAUCGCAUGCACAAGUUUAUUAAUAAAAUAUGUAGCAUUUUCGUAGUAAAUAAAACAAGAAACAUUUUCAAUUGUAUGUUCACCACAACUUUCAUAGUCCUCGUUUGACAAUUGAAAAACACGGCAAAAUGUAAAGCUCUGGCGAAUUUUGGCAUGGCUUGACUGAAAGGUAUGGCGAAUUUCGCCACUUUCCGGCCUAAAAUGAAAAUCCUGCUGAUUGUUGCUGAACAUAUGAAGCCUCAGUCAAAAGAGGAUGAGAGUUGUUACAGUUAUGAGAGUUCUUGCGCGCGUUCGACCGCCCACACUUUCAUCGCCUCUCAUCAAAUCGCAUCAACUUCGAAAUGGUUCAAAUUUGGAUGAGAGUUGAUGACGCGUGGUAAUAUCCAUGCAGUCAAACUCUCAUCAACUCUCGUGCAUGCAACUAUUGUUCUUGUUUGCCCGAGGCAUGCGAGUCGAGAAAACUCCCAUGCAAACCCUCGCUUCUCAACUCUCAUCAACUUGAGCUCAUUCUCGUUUGAGCAGUUUUUAUGAAACAUAACUUUUGAAACUUUUGUAGCUCGGAUUCAAAGAUGGAUAAGAAAAUUAUCACUCGUAUUGUUGGACCCGGUGAGACUGGAUCGAAUAUUUUAAAAUUGACUAAAAUAGUUGGUUUAAAAUACUUGAUGUGAUUAAUUGUUUGAUUCACACAGUAUGUGUACACGGCUAAUUUAAUUCUUAUUGUAUUUACUACAGAGCUGGCUUAUGUAACCACUCCAAUCUGCAUGGUUCAAGCUGCUCUUGUGAUUCUUAACGAAAGAGAGUCCAUGCCAGAAAGGCAAGUCCUUUUUUAUUUUGUUUGCGUCACCAGCACCAUUUUGUAACAGAAUGCAGUGGUCAGUAACAUCGAGUGUGGGCUCAGCUCUUUGCCUAACUGUGAAUAAGUUAUGGCGAAUGAUACAGAUCUAGGUGGUCUGGGGGCAUGAUCUCCCAGGAUCUAGCCUCAUCUGCAAAGAGGGAUGCAGGUUUUCCAUGGGGUGAUGCAUGAGGUCCUCAACGCCACUAUCCCAACAUUAUUAUUAUUUGAGAUAGCCGAAUCUGCAUGUUCUCCGUUCUGUUACUGUACGUCAAGUUUGCAUCAUCUUUUGUCCAUAAAGUUUAUAUCGGCUUUUUAUCAUGUAUGCGUGACUGGACAGUUGCUGUAGCGCAACACAGUAAAUUUACUUGUUAAAGUAUACAAUAUAUUUGAAAAUAUGGCUGUAUAACAACCUCGACAUGUUUACAUAUUAACCAUGAUAAUUUAAGUGUAAAGCAUUCUGAGUAUUUUCUCGUGCUCACAAAUCAAUUAAAUCGUUUCAAGAAAUCGACGCGCGCUAACAGUAGAAGUUCCACUAAUCGCUAUUCGAAAAGCAAAAAAUGUAUGGUCAUGCAGAUUUUGUAGGGUGGUGGUGGAUUUCUCUAGGGGGGGGGGGUGCUAGACACCACUACUGCAGGUGGGGUGCGCACCCCCACGGUAGAUCCGCCCCUGCCCUAAACCUGACCUCUGUGUGCAGUUGUCUGAUUAUAAUUUCGCCUAUAUAACUCAUACAGUAUGUUAGGGAGUUCUUCCAGUUUGGUAGGUUUUCUCCGUGGCCUGGCGUUCUCCGGUUUCAUCCAGCAGUAACACAUUAACAGUUAGGGAUGGCCUUUACCGGACCUCUAGAGAGAACAGCGCGAUGUAUACCAGAAUAAAGUUAGUUUAGUGUAAAAUCUUACGUGUUGUGUACUUUUUCCAGCGGUGGAGUUUUGACACCUGGUGCUGCGUUCGCUGAAACGACAUUGAUUGAACGUUUGGACAAGGCUGGGGUUCGUUUUGUCACCGUGGAGGAGCCAAAAGCGAUCGCCAAUGAAUAGAGAUUGAUCACUUCAAUAGACACUUAAUCGACACUUAAUCUGUAGGGGAAAUAAAUGAAAAUUAUUUUGUAGAUCAUUGAUAUAAUACAAUAUAUAC